AUGCUGGUUGUCCUCGUCGUCGUUGCCGGUCUUGCUACAUUUUCCAAUGCCGACUUUCUCGACUUCAACUGCACCGAAUACGAUACCGCCAAUUCGAAAUUUGUGCUCACACCUGCUGCUACAGUUUGUGAUAAUAAAUAUUCCGCAGAAGCUUGUGCAGCACUUUUCGGAACUGCUGUUGCGGCCGGUGCUGAUGCGCGAGACCCACUAUGCGAUUCGAUAAGCGAUGCCUUUAACGAGGAUGUAAAAGCACUGGCUGCUGCUUCUUGUCCUAAGCAUUGCGGUUACUGCUGUCAGUCUCCGGAAUAUAAUUGCGCAAACAAGCAGUUCCCAAGAACGAAAUGCGAAACCGUCAAACCCGUGCAAUGCAAAGAUCCCAAAUGGCGUCAGAUUUUGGCCGAAGACUGUCCUAAUGUUUGUGGAUUUUGCCUUGAAGGCGGUUGCGUAGACGCAGCGAUUGAAUGUGCCAACGAUAUCUCCAUUUGCAGAAACAUCGACAUGCAAGAUUUUGUAAAGGAGAAUUGUCAGAAAUCCUGUGGCUACUGUCCUACAUCUACUACUCUUGGUACUGGAUCUGGAUCAGUAACAAAAGCACCUACAUGUGGUGCGACUAACGACGCCAAUGCAAACUGCGCCUCAUGGGUAAAGAACGGAUUUUGCGCAAAUGAGUUCUACACCAAGGAUCAAAGAAUUGCUUCCUGUGGCAAAUCUUGCUCCAACCUUUGUUAAAGGCUGCAUUCAACCCACAUUCAUGACGACACGACGCAACACGACCGCAUAUUAGAAA